AUGCAUGCUGCGGUGGUGGACAGCGGGGCCCGGAAGGUGACGUCGCAGGUCUUCCUGACGGAGGCCAAGGAGCCGGCGUGGGCGCUGAUGGCGCAGGCGGUCCAGCUCUAUUUGGGCCAAGGCGACCCAAGGCACCCGGCCGGCACUGCGCACCGGCGCUGGCGGCUACUGAAGUCCUUCUACCGCCCAGCAGAUCGCGCGGAUGAGCCGGAGAGAGCCACGUACCAAAGGCACGCAGAGCAGAUGCACGAGAUGAUGGGGCCGGACCUGCAUGAGCAAGUGAAGGUGGAGGUCCUGGUGGAUUUGCUGGAGGUGAUCCGACUGGACGCACACACCGUCCGCGAGCCGAGCCAGUCGAGUCAAAAGCGACAUGGCCUGGGCCUGUUCUACUGGCUGCACCUGGCCAACCACAGCUGCUGGCCCAAUGCAUUCUUCCAGUCCAGCCGAAAUGAGCAGGCGGGGUGA